UUUUGUGUAUGUGUUGUUGCUGUUGGUGUUGAUGUUGUUGGUGGGUUUUUAUGUUACCGUAAUAAUAUCGCUGUUGUCGAUCGAGGACGACGGAUUAUUGAAGGAGUUAAAAGUGAAAUUGUUGAAAUUAUACAGCGAGAGAUUAUACUAGUCAUCUCGUUGUUGUUGUUGUUUGUUUGUUUAUUAUUUGGCCGCGGUCCCGGCGAAUAACGCAAACACCGAAAGUACGGAAAACGCCGCCCACGUGACGAGGAAUAUUUCACACCGUCGACGUACCAACGGGGAAAAAUCGAGAUAAACGGGUCGGAGGUGUCCACGUGCUGCUGCGACAGUCAAACAAGUGUCACAUAGAUAUAUAUGGACCAAGUUUCGAUGAGAUUUUUUUUUGAAGAAAAACAACAAUAACUACAACGACUAACCAAAACGAAAAGACAAGCAAAGUGUUGUGAGAUAUCAGUGUCACUUAUACGCACAAUACAUUAUCAACGAACCUAGAAAUUUUCGUCAAGAAAAGAAGAUUGUAACACUUGAAAGAUCGAAAAGAUAUAUAUGCGUACAUAUAUUAAUAUAUGUAUAUAACAAGUUUCUUCUUUCGAAUCGUUUCCCGAUCGUCAUGCGACGUUGUUUCUAUCUCGUCAAUCGUCCAAAUGUGUGUGCGGAUGUGUGUGCAGCGGGUGUGCGGUAAGGUAGAUAGAUAGAUAGGUAGACAUAUAUAGAUAUAUAUAUAUAUACGUAAAUAGAUAGACAAAAGACAGGUACAAAUAAUUGGUCCAUUAUAAGCGCCAGAAACGGUAAGCAAGGAAGAGGAGAGUGUUGUGAUCAAGGAAGAAAAUGAAUCGCGCGUUAAGCGGCGAAUAGAGGGGGGGGAAAGAAGAAGAGAAGAGAAAAGAAACGGAGGAGGGAAAGAAAAGGAAAGGAGAGGAGAUCGCGGGCGGGAGAUUAUCCGGUGACUUUUUGCGAGAGAAGCAUCGCCGCAAUGCUCGAGGACCAGCCGCUCGACCUGAGCGUCAGGGUUGGCGACUAUCCGGAGUUCGAAAACGAGCAGGAGUCGGCCGACCUAUUCGAACCGGAAGUCAAAGACGUCGACGAACCGGCCGCCCUUAGACUUCAGGGCAAUGUCGCCGAGUAUUCGUCUCAGGGCGAAAGGACCUGCUCCGAGGACUCGGAUGAUUCCUGCUCGGACAAUAACCAGAAGAACUCUACCGGCACCAGGUCGAGGUCCAGGCCUCCCGGCACGAAACCCUACAAGAAGAACCUCAUGAGGCGAUACCUCGACACGAGGGAACUUCAACCGGCACACGACACGGGGGAUAAAGAGGUACUCGGAUUGGCCAGUAUCAAGGCGGAGCCCGGUUCGACAACCGGUGCGAGACUACUUCACGACAUACUUUCUCAGCACCCCCAGCAGCAUGGCAUUGCCGGAUUGCAGAACGGGUAUGCUCGUCAUUUAACCACUGCUCACGGGCAGAUGGGACAGCAAGGGUACUCUAAUGGAUCGCUCGCCACGUCGAACACCCCUGGCGGUGGAUCACUGCCGGCGAGUCCGGCUGACAGCGGUGUCAGCGAUGUUGAAUCCAGCACAUCUUCAGGCGGGAACGACGACGCUAAUAUGUUGCUCAAGGCGCGUCUAAAUCCAAACUCGGCGCUGCAAUCCACGCUGGCUUCUCAUCACUCCCACUUGACGACAGCUCUGGGACGAUCAGCGUGUCACAGUCCGGGUGUCUACCAGACGACUGCCGGCGGUUUCCUCACGCCCUCUUACCAGCAUCCCCAUCAUCAACACGCCCCGGCCAGCUAUCACCAUCCGCACAGAAGUAGCCCUCCUCAUCACCACCAUGCCGGCAAUAAUCACGGCAUGGGACCGGCCAUGGGACCACCGCCAGGCCACCACCAUCACCACCACCACCAUCACCAGCACCAAAGUUUACAGCAUCUUCACUACCGCCAACCACCGACACUGUCCGAGAGUUACAGCAACUACGUGAGUUCGAUGUACGGAGGCGGAGGACAGUUUGCGACACCCUGCACGCCGAGUCCACCGCGUGGACCAGGAGGCGUACCCACGAGCGUUAUCCAGGCGGCGACCAGUUCGGUUUCGGACGAUCUCUACCUCCUGGAGUUGGGCUUUCAACCGCGGCCGAAGAAGAGCAAGCUGAAGAAGCCUCGGCAGGGCGGCGAAGGCGGUGCGGCGGUGAAGCGGAAAUCGAGGGAGGGCUCGACGACCUAUCUCUGGGAGUUUUUACUCAAGCUCUUGCAGGACCGGGAGUACUGUCCGCGUUACAUUAAGUGGACGAACAGGGACCGGGGAGUCUUCAAGCUCGUCGACAGCAAGGCGGUGUCUAGGCUGUGGGGAUUGCACAAGAAUAAACCGGAUAUGAAUUACGAGACAAUGGGACGCGCCCUUCGGUACUAUUAUCAGAGGGGCAUCCUCGCCAAGGUUGACGGUCAGCGACUGGUUUACCAGUUCGUCGACGUUCCUAAGGACAUUGUUGAGAUCGAUUGUACGGGGGCGUGAGAUCAGGCCCCGCCCUGGCGAAACCUUGGCAAAUAUCACAACGAUAGGAUUAAAAUGCAGCGAAUAUUGCGGGCGAGAUUAUUGUUACAAGACAAUGACGGUAUGAAAGACGAGAGAAGCCCAGAAACGGCUGAUCUACUCCACUCGUCUACGAGCUCAUCGCCGCCCCGUCGGACGGAAUCGGAUUUACCGCCCGCUUGGCAUACUCCUCAAAUAAUCUAAAUCAUCCCCCUGACUCUGUUAUUAUACAUAUUAUAUAUACACGCGCAUGCAUAUUGUAUAUGAUUGAUAUAAUAAUAAUGACAAAGCGGUAACAAUUUUUUAUUAUACCUUUUAAAUUUUACGUAAUAUUACAUUAUAUAUCUACAUUGUUUAUAUAUAUAUGUACGCCAAGCACAGAAACGAGAAUCCACGUACCCUGGUAUAUGUAUAAAUUAGCAGUUUAUAUAUUGGUUAGAAUUUUUUAAAUUUGUACAAAAUUUAGUUAUUGUAAUAAUAAUAAUAAUAAUAAUAAUAAUAAUUGUAAUUGUAAUUGUAAUAUCUAAUAAUAAUUAUUAUAUUAUAGUUGAAUGGUCGGACAUAUAAAGAUUGUGUAUUAUGUAGUAAAGGACAAAUUACUUAAUUUAUGUACGAUGAGGAUGAAGUUAAAACGAAACAGAACAAAACAAACAGAAAAAAAAAAUAACUAAUCAACAAUUGUACAUUUGAAAAAUGGUAAAUUAUUUAUUAUUGUAUAUUUAGAUGACUAUAUAAUAUACCUGAUUAAAAAAUGAUAAAAAAAAAGAAAAAAAAAUUGUUAAAGUGGAAAGUUUAAAUGAAACGAAAUAUACGGGCUGUGAAAUGGUUUAUAGAAGGAGUGUUAAAGUUUUGAUGGAGCGAGCUCAGGGAGGAAGGGGGAUAUAUUAUAUAUAUUUUUUUAAUAAUGAUGGUGACAACGCGUGACUGCUUACACAAAAGAGAAAAAAAAACUGCUGAGGUCCGUUUAAUCGACGUGAAUAUGGUGCUGGCUAUACACACAAGAGGUCCAACAAUGUUAUCUAGAAGAAAAAAAAAACAACUAUAUAGCGUUUAAAAUGAUAUAGUAUGUUAUACAUAUGUAUGUAUGUAUGUAUGUGUAUGUAUAUAUGUAUGUAUAUGUGCGUAUGUACACACACACACGCACGCGCACGCACACACACACACACACACACACACACACACGAAAUAGAAAUUAUCGACAAUUAAGAAGAGGAAGAUGAAAACAAGAAUUUGUUUGAAGGAAAUUAACAAGAAAUAUAUGUAUAUACAUAUAUAUAUAUACGUAUAUACACACACACACCAUUUAUCUCUGUAUAUAUACAAAGUAUACCAUUGCAUAUAUAAAUACAUAUAUAUCUAUAUAUUAACACUUAUUACAAUAUUUAAAUAUAUAUUAUUAUAUAUAUGAGUAUAGGUAUAUUGUAUGUUACGUAGUAGAUGGCAACUGUGCGUUGUGCAUGAAUCAGAAUUGCAACGAAGAAGGAUGAUUUUCUAACAAGGUAAAUUUAAACUUUGCCCUAUUUUCGCGUUUUUAUUUUCCUAUUAUUUUGGAGUUUUCUCUCUCGUUGAUAAGAAUCUCAUUAAAAAAUGUAGUAGACGAAUAUAUAAGAUACACAAAAAUGACCGGUUAAACGACCCGCAUACAUUGUGCAAAAGUUGGUGCAAAGUUUAAUUGAAAACUGCGAAAGAAAAUUCCCAAGCUUUAGCCCAGGGUGUAAUAAUAAUGAUAAAAACAAUAAUAAUAGUAAUAAUGGUAAUGAUAACAAUAUUAAUAGCAAAAAUAUUAAUAGUAAUACUAAAUAAUGAUCAUAAUAAUGAUGAUACUGAUAACAUUGAAAUAUCCAGAGUAAAAUUCAAAUUAUUGUCGCCCCCAGGUAUGAAAUUGAGCAUACGGAAUAUAUCACCUUAAUUUUAAGUUUUGUAUAUACACACAUCUCUAUAUAUAUAUAAAGAAUAUUGUUUAAGACUUAAUCAUAUAUCUAUACGUUGAAAUAUGUACUGGAAUUUUGAAAAUCAAUUAUAUUGAAUAUAAUAUAGGGUUCUGCAAAACAAAUCUGAUAAAUUUAAACGACCCUGCAUAUUUCACUAUGAUAGUACAGUUGAAAAGAUAGACUCAAAUGAAAAUAAAUAUAUCACGAAAAAAAAA